CAGGAGGAAGUGCUGAAGUUUGAGAACGUAUGUAUGUUUUUUCCUGAAGUCUGACAGACUUACAGUCAGCAGAGUCACCACGAACUGCCCUGGAUUAAGAGGUUUUCAGUUACUAUAUCAGAUAACCUGCUUCAAUCCUGUGUUUAACCUAACUUACUGCUGUCGACAGAAGAUUGAUCUGGAAUGGAAUGGAUCUGCCAGAAGAGAUCCUUGCACAUAUCUUUUCUUUCCUGCCUUUACAGGACAAAUGCAAUGCAUUUAUUGUUUGUAAGGCUUGGUCUAAUAUCAUGACACAUCCAAGUUCAUGGAAAGAUACUGAAGUCAGGUGCGAGUCGGGAACCAGUGUCCCUGACAGAUAUUCUGAUCUUCUCCCACUGGUCAGAAACUUGAAACUGAGGAUAAGUCUGACAGAUCCAGCCAAUCGCAAAACUGCACUUUGGGUGCUGCAGCAGGCAGUUGCCGGAGGUGAUGGGCGGCUGGAAGGACUUUCCAUCUGUUGUGUGGCAAACACUCCCCUCUUUUAUGCUGGUCAGGACCUGCAGCAAGGAUUGGUGGACAUAUUGACCAAUGGGUCAUCCUUAACCAUUUUUGACCUGAAGGGUGUGCCCUUCACCCUCAGCGACUCCUUCGUCAGGAGUGUAGCCAUGCUGUGCCCUGCUCUGAAAAGUCUUUACAUUAACAAUCAGUCUCUGGUGUGUGGCGUCACAUCUGAGACCCUGAGGCAUGUGCUGAAGAGUUGCCCAUCGCUCAACGUUCUUGGAGUUUUUCAGGCCAGCCUAUCACAAGACGUCUUCCAAGAUCUCAUGUUGCCCGAGCGGCCAGCGCUCAAGAAACUGGAGCUGCGUUGCGAGCGCUCACUCAAAUACACCGUGCCUCUUUGUGAUCAGAUAUGGUUAGAGGUAAAGCGGAGACAUCCACGUCUCUGUGUGGAACUUGAGCUGGACCACACCCUACCUGAACUGCACGUCCCCGGGGUUCUGCAGCCCAGCAUCCCUGUGCGCUGUCUUCGGCUGCUCACCUGGACGCUUCUUCUGGAUGAGGUUCGGAUAGUCGGGCAGUGUUAUGCAGACACGCUGGAGGUCCUGGAGCUGCAGACCGUCCCGUCUCCUGAACUCAACUCUGAGCUGAUAGUCUUAGCACAGCGGUGUGUCCGGCUCCAGGAGGUUCACUGUUAUUGUGUGGUCUCGCAAGAAGUGAUAACAGCCUUCAUCACAAACUGUCCUAAUCUCUGCAGAUACACACUCAAAACACAUAAAGGGCCUCACCCCUGGACUUGUACUAAAGUUCACUAAACCUGAUCUCAACCACGUAUGGUUUGAUAAUGCAAGUCAGACACUAUUUGAUCUAGUUGUUGAGUUGAAGAUCAUUUUGUUGUCCAACAUCGAAGUCUGGUUAACGUCGAAAUCUCUUCCAGUACGUAAUUAAAGUGGCUAUAUUAUGCUACAUUGAAGGUUGACACGUUUGGUUUGGAGGUCUCCUACAGUAGCUUAACAGCCAUCCAUGGUUAAAUAAAAAAAGUUUUUUUCAUAAUAUACAUUUUACAUCACAUUUUGAAGAUUCCUAAAAGGUUAGUUCACCCAAAAUUUGCAUUUCUGUCAAGAUUUACUCAAAUUUAUGUCAUUCCAAAUUGACAAAUCUUUUGAUUUUUGAAAGAUCUUUUACAGUGGAGGAUUAGGGAGCUUUUGAUUUCAUCUAAAGACAGCAAUGGUUAUGGUCCAAAAAAGUCAAUGUGUCUUCAAUAGCUCAAUCAGAACAUUGUCGGGCUAUGAAAAUAUGUUUGUGCGCACAUAAAUCCAAAAUAAGUUGAUUUAAAAUCCG